AAUACCACCAACCACAAUGGCCAGGCUCGUGUGAGGAGCUCGUGCCUCGUACUGUCAGCACUCACAGUGAGGAGCCUCAGCAGCAGCAGCACGAGCGGCGGCGGUUAGACCGGGAGGCAGGCGGAUGAAUAUGACACCGCUGUGAGGAAAAGGUCAAUGUGGCUCCUAAAGCAUUCUUCUGGACUAGUCAUCAGUGGUCGUGGAUUCCUGAGGCCCGUCUCUAUAGCAACCCUUUCCUCCUCCUGAGCACCCCUGCCAACUUCCUCUUCCCGCCACACGCCAAGUCUCUCCUCAUCCCCCCGGCCAAUCACCGCCUCUGAACUGCUCUGGAAUGGACACAGAGUCGACCCACUCGGGCUACUCAUAUCACUCCAGCCGCUCUGGGAGAUCAAACCGACAUGGGGACCGAAGUCGUGAGCGGCACAAAGCCAGCAGUAAAGACAGCGUUCGCUCGGAGAGAUCUGUCAUCAUCAACCCUCCGGACUCACCCACGCAGGAAUCUCCCAUUCACAACGGAGAGCCACUGCCAGGAGAGCCGUCACCUGGAGCAGAGCAUGGAGAUGAAGCACAGGAUGAUAACUGGGGGGAAACCACCACCGCUGUGACAGGCACCUCUGAGCUGAGUAUUUCCCAGGAGGAGGUGGUCGGUCUGGGGAAGGAGAUUCAGGAUCGGACUCAAGGCUUCCGCCGCUAUCUCCCUUUGGCUGUGGGCUCAUGUAUUGGGCUUCUGGUGGUGGCCACACCUCUGGUCUUCCUGCUUCUUCCGGCUGUCAUGUGGCCUGAAAGACUGCAGACUUGUGGGGCUGCCUGCGAAGGCCUGUUCCUCUCCAUCUCCUUCAAACUCCUCAUCCUCCUGGUGGCCAUUUGGGCUUUGUUCCUCCGACAGGGCCGCGCCAGUCUGCCCCGAGUGUGUGUGUACCGUGCCUUUCUCACCACGCUUACACUCCUGCUCACCAUGUCUUAUUGGCUCUUCUACGGGGUCCGGAUCUUGGAUGCUCAGGAUGAGGAUUACCACGGUAUCGUCCAGUUUGCAGUGUCCCUGGUAGACUCCCAGCUGUUUGUCCACUACCUUGCUGUGGUGCUGCUGGAGCUCCGUCAGCUCCAGCCGUGCUACAGUGUGUGUGUGAUUCGCUCCACUGAUGGAGAAACACGCCACUACAACAUCGGACAGCUCAGCGUCCAGAAGGCUGCUCUGUCUAUUUUGGAGUUUUACUACAGAGAUUUUCCACUCCAUAACCCAGCACUUCUGUCUGCCUCGAAGCACCGCGCUGCCAAACACCUGGCUGGGUUAAAGGUAUAUAACGUAGAUGCCCCAGGGAGCACAGCAGGAGCACAACCCAGUAAUGGGAAUCAGUCACGGGCCAUGGUUACAGCUGCCGGCAAACGCAAGGACAGCGCUCACAAUGAGCUGUACUACGAAGAGGCCGAUUACGAGAGAAGAGUCCGGAAACGCAGAGCCAGGCUGGUUGUGGCUGUGGAGGAGGCCUUCACUCACGUCAGGAGGAUGAAGAAAGAGGAUGAGCGUGCAUCUCCGUCUGACAUCAUGGAUGUACGUGAAGCAGCUCUGGCUAUUUUUCCCUCCAUGGCCCGUGCUCUGCAGAAAUACCUCCGCACCACCAGGAGACAGCACUGCCACAGCAUGGAGAGCAUCCAGAAGCAUCUCGCUUUCUGCCUCAUCAAUAACAUGAGCCCUAAGGCCUUCCUGGAGGCGUACCUGGCCCCUGGCCCCACCCUGCAGUACGGCCCUGAGCGCUGGAUGGCCGAUCAGUGGACUUUGGUCAGUGAAGCUUCAGUCACCAGCGGCAUUAAGGAUGGGACAGAGUUCCUGCUGAAGUGUCUGGACUUCAGCUUAGCUGUGACCAUCAAAGGCAUCCCUUUCAUCCGACUGACUGAGGAGUAUGUCGACCCCAAGUCUCACAAGUUUAUACUUCUUCUCCAGUCAGAAACCUCAGUUUAACCAGAACUGAUCACCUGGACUCACAGGACUGUUACAAGUACCAACUGGAUUUUUUCAAGAACAAAAACUUUUGUACUUUUUUUGUACUUACGUUUAUGUAAUUUUCUUACAUGAAGUAUCUUAAUGUCAUUGUCUUUGUCCUGAAAGAAAAAAAAGACAGAAAACUGGAGGGAAUAUGCUUGGAUUUAUCUGUCCUGACGUUUGCUGUUCAGGUUUUCCUCUAUGCACGACGGAUCACUCUCACAAACUUUCUUCUUCCAUAUCUUUGCAUGUGCCAGUGUGUGCCUGUGUGAGAGAGUUCAUGACUUAGAAGGCGUGUGUGAUUUAAGCGUAAAACAUGUCUCUUCUUCCUCCUUAAUGUUACUACAGUGACCUGGAAAUUUGAUACACCAUCAAUCUUUUUCAGCUUUCUCUUUUUCAGUCCUUGAAAAGCUUUUUUUUAUGUUUUAUUAUUUAUCCUGAUCUUUAUACAGUAUUUAUAUGUGAAUAUACUUUAUCUCUCAAGAUUUUUUAUAUCAGAAUUGUGUAUCACUUGGAUGGUUUUUUUAACCUUAUCCAAAACUUUUCUUUUGUACCUUUUCUGUUUGUGCUGCAUUUGUGGAGAUAACUGGACUGUAAAUAGAAGAAGAUGUGUUCAGUUGUCACAGGAAUCACUGGAAACUCAUGGACUAAACUCAUAUCAAGCACUGCAGACACUGGACAGAUGAAACAGCUUUUGAACAAAUGUUAUCAGCUAGCCUGAGAAAGGCUUUGUCUGAGUUCAGUUUUAGUUUGGUUGGUGUUAGACCUGCAAACCUAAUAACUGCUCACCCAUAUAAUAAACCAUAGAAGUAAUAAAGUUUCCACAAAUGUGUUAGCAGUUGCCUACUGCAAGCAUAUAACAAAAUUUCCAUGGCAGUCAUGGCAGUGUUUUUUGUUCACCAUGAAACAGGAAGUAGUUUUUCAGUCCUAAAACACGGGUAAAGCCAUAAAUCUCAGUAGAGUGGAUUAAAAUGUGUCAAAUUUCACUCUGAGGGAAUUAUAUGUAAUAUACUGAAACACUGUUCUCCCUGCCAUUUUUAUAUCUUUACAAUAACUCAAAUUCUCUGUCCACUCAAAAUAUGUUUGUGGUUUCAGGAAGUCUGUACCCUGUAUGUUGACGACACAGUAACUUGCUUUUAAAUGAAAGUCCAGCACAGCCUUAGCGUGUGAGUUUUAUUCAGAUCCAGAAAAGGCUAGGUUUUUUUCCCGCUCUCUAUGAACUGUAAAAUUAUUCAUAUUUGGAUCAGAUAACCUCCUCUGAGGGCUAAAUUCUAGAAGAACCCCUUGCAUUUUUAGAAUUUUUAAAAAUUGUUAUCAAUCCUUUUCUUUUCCCAUUCAAAAAAUUUGUUUUAAGAUUCAUGGCCCUACCCGUGUUUAAAGACUCUAGGGGAAAAAAACUUCCUGUUUUAUGGUGAACAAAAAAAAUCAACAUAAAUGUUUUUUAUAACUCAAGCCAAAGCUGACUUCAAUCUACUGGCAAUUGUAAAAAGGCUACAACAAACAUGUUCAUAAUAUAUUUGAGGAAAGUUACAAUUUUGAGAGCCAGUGAUUUUUUUCUAACCUUCCCAUAACCUGAAUAAAUCCCAGCAAAUGUAAUUAUAUUUGCAUUAGCAACUGCUAUUAGCUUUGUGGGAUUAUUACAUUCAAAGGUGCAGAUUUGUAUUAUGUUUGAGGUUGAUUACAUUAGUGGGCAGUUAUUUUGUUGGUCUCAAACAAAAAAUGAAUAGUUUUAUUCAGGUUCAUGGGUUUGGGUCGGCUGCUGAAUCAAGUAGCUUCUCCAAGUAAACGUCUUCACAUCCUCUCAGUGGCAGCCAUUCAUCUGAGUGUUGUGAUGCCAUUUAAAGGUGAAACAGCACCUCCUCUGUGCUCACCUCAGGAGUGGUACCUUUGGAGGCUCAGGAUCAGACAACAUGAAUUUAGCUAGAUUUUGACUCGACUGCGUCGUCAGCAUCUGUUGUCAAAUGUCAGGCCUGAUCGACAAUGUGUUCAGGACGUCCUAUCAGAAAGACUUAAAGGCUAAUUUACCUGAUAUUAUCACAUUCAUACCUGAUUAGGUUCUGUUUUUCCCUCUCUUGAUAGAAAGGGAGGAGUCCACAGUUUCUUCUUUUCAGAGGACAAGACUGCUAGAAUCACAUGCAGCAUUUCUGUUGUUGAUUGACACUCCUUGAUCCACUUUCCUCUGAACCUGUGAACUCACACACAGAGGACACCUUACCAUGAUUGAUCAGGUUACAUUUGUAGUGUUGACAGUCUGAUGACUGUGAUGGGACAAGAUGUUGGUUGAAUAGUCUGGCACGAUGCAAAAUAAAAAACAAAAUAUUUAUGUUGUCUGAUCCAGCCAUAAGACUAUUCAGCUAUUCAGAAAAUAAAUAUUCACUAUCAUUUUGAACAGUACAGCCUUUUUUGUUACAUUUGUGAGGUGCACUCUGGCGUUGAUGUAGCCUCGCACAAUCAGAUGUUUGCUUGUCACAUUUCUAUGAUCUUUUUUUUUUUUUACAAACUACUGUCUGCAUUAAUUAAAUCUUGUCUGCAAAGUAAAAUGUACUCAUUGUAAGUCAGAAAGAAUAUCUGUUCCAGCAGAUAUUUAACAAAUCCUCCCCAAAUCCUUAAGAAAAAGCUGCAACAACUUAUCUCAUGCUGGCAAGUUUUUCAGCAAGUGUUUGAAAUGAAUUAUUUACUGUAGAUGAGCUCACCUCCUUAUCAGUAUUUCUGCUGCAGUGUUUCAUCCCAGCAUCUCACUACUGCCCCCUACCUGCAGCUACAGGAACAGCAACAAUCAAUGUUUAUUUGUAUCAAUAUUUUAUCUGUAUUUAAACAAAUCCUUUGUAUUUAUGAUGCCUGUCAUGUUGUAAAUUUACAGUUUACAGAAGUGUUACUAUGGUUACCGACAGUGUAGUUUUGAUUAGGAUUUUAGAUUGUUGAUGGUUGUAAAUAGUUGUAGAGCACACAUGUGCCUCAGUUAUACAUGUAGAGCACACGUGCAGUUUUCAGGCAUGUUUGUGUGAGCGAGUCUGUGAAUGAAAGAGAAAAAAAAGGGAACUUAAUGAAGAAAAGUGUUUGCUUCUCCACAUUGUAGAGCUGGCUUGUCAUUUGUCCCAAGUUGUCCUCAUCAUUUUUAUACAUGAGAACAUGUUAAAGCAUUGAAACUGUGUCAAAGUCACAUUUGUAGGGAAAAAAAUAAAUAUUUGUAUUGACAUUU